GGAGCGCGGCUGCUCCCUUUAGCAGGAGGGCGGCUGCUCCUCCUCAUUCUGCUCCGUGCAACGCCACCAAAACAUUCCGCAUCAUGGCUGCUACGGACGUGGACGUGUUUUCAAAUGAAGAGAAACGUAGCCUGAGUUUGGGUGGCCAUGUUGGAUUUGACAGCCUGCCUGAUCAGCUGGUCAGUAAAUCGGUCACACAGGGAUUUUGCUUCAAUAUUCUCUGCGUCGGGGAGACUGGUAUCGGCAAGUCAACAUUAAUGAACACACUCUUUAACACCAUGUUUGAGAAUGAAGAGGCCAGUCACUAUCAGAAUGGCGUGUAUCUACGGCCGCGAACAUACGACCUGCAGGAAAGCAACGUCCAUCUGAAACUGACAAUUGUUGAUACUGUUGGUUUUGGUGAUCAGAUCAACAAAGAUGACAGCUACAAGCCCAUCGUUGACUACAUCGACACACAGUUUGAAAAUUAUCUUCAAGAGGAACUGAAGAUCAAACGCUCCCUCUUUAACUACCAUGACACCAGGAUCCACAUCUGCCUUUACUUCAUUGCGCCAACAGGUCACUCGCUGAAGUCUCUCGACCUGGUCACAAUGAAAAAACUGGACAGCAAGGUCAACAUAAUUCCCAUUAUUGCCAAAGCAGACACAAUCUCCAAGAGCGAGCUCCAUAAAUUCAAGAUAAAGAUCAUGAGUGAGCUGGUGAGCAAUGGCGUCCAGAUCUAUCAGUUCCCAACAGAUGACGAAGCUGUGAGCGAGAUCAAUGCCUCUAUGAAUGCCCAUCUGCCGUUUGCUGUGGUUGGUAGCGUGGAAGAGGUCAAAGUGGGAAACAAAACUGUGAGGGCUAGACAGUAUCCCUGGGGUGUCGUUCAAGUUGAGAACGAAAGCCACUGUGACUUUGUAAAACUCCGAGAGAUGCUUAUCAGAGUGAACAUGGAGGAUCUGAGGGAGCAGACCCACGCCCGCCACUAUGAGCUGUACCGACGCUGCAAGCUGGAGGAGAUGGGCUUCAAAGACACGGACCCCGACAGCCAGCCGUUCAGUCUUCAGGAGACAUACGAGGCCAAGAGGAAAGAGUUUUUGGGGGAUCUGCAGCGCAAAGAAGAAGAGAUGAGACAAAUGUUUGUUAGCAAAGUCAAGGAGACUGAAGCGGAACUGAAAGAAAAGGAGAGAGAGCUGCACGACAAGUUUGAGCAACUGAAGCGAAUGCACCAGGAGGAGAAGAGGAAGGUGGAGGAGAAGCGGAGAGACCUGGAGGAGGAGAUGAAUGCCUUCAACAGGAGGAAGAUGGCAGCUGAAACGCUCUCCUCAUCUCAGCCACUCAAGAAAGACAAAGACAAGAAAAAUUAAUUUAUGGGCCCUGUAUACCCUCCUUCACAUGACCAUGGAUUUGUCCUCCAUCACCAUAGCAACGCCAACACCUGAUCAUUUUUUUCUCCCCCCCCAUCCCCACAUUCCAUCUUGACAUUAUGAAAACGGACCAAAGACACUGAGGAUGAUGAUGGUGCCACAUGGGGAGAAAAGAGAGUGAGAAAUAGAGUAAACAUGUUUACUUGCCAAUAGUGGCCAUCUCAUUUAUUCAGGAACUUCCUUUGGGACACUUUUUACACAUGUAUCUUUUUAAUUUUUGUUACUGUUUUUCCAUAUUGUGAGACUUUGUUGUUAUAGUGAUAGCUGUUAACUAUGCACAUGGAACUGAGAUCUCACCCACCUUUCACUUCUUGGUACGUCAGUGUGACGCAGUUGGUUAAAACAUCUUAGAAUCUUCACCAUCUCUUUAUUGUACUUCAUUUCAUGGGGUUGACAUUUAAGUUACAAAGACAGAAAUUUAGCCUUAAGUUUUUUUUUCCCCCAAUUUCUUUAUUUUUCUUGUUUUAUGUUCCUGUUGCAACCACCAUUGUAAUAAGUGUCAGUGUUGUAAUAAUUAGCACAGUGGGUGAAGUUUACCAGGAAACUCAACCACCUUUAUAAUUAUUACCAUAGCAGGUGACUUACCACCAGGGAACCUCAACCAGCUGAGGCCAGUUUUGUAAACUGUGCACAGCAUCCACUGUACCAUAGAAUUGCCUUUAGUCCAAAAUGGCAUCCACCCAGGUAAACAACCAGGCUGUCCCCAAAUCCUGAAACUAGCUAUCAAUCUGUUGCAACCUUCUCCAGCUCCUGGAGUCAACACUAACGCAUCUGCCUGUGUACUAGAUCAUUCACACACCACAUGGUCAAAAUGUUGCAGCUCAUCUGAGUCUCCUUAAGUAACAAAUUGUUUGGCACAAAGUCAUUCCAGUGGUACCCAGGAUUCUCUGAAGACACCUAGUACCAAAGGUAUUCAGUCAUCACCUUAGGUCACUAGUUGGGAGUUCAUGUCUCACAACCGUACAGCAAGACAAGAUCCUGUAACCUCUAAGGACCUCAUGAUUCAUAAGCUCUUCCCUCAGCCAUUUGAUCUCAAAGGCCAGAGUGAAGACCCAGAGACAUGGAUGCCACUGCAGAGAGAACUGGAACUUAACCACUAUGGUAGUUGGUUGAGUUUCUCGUGCCAUUUCACCUGCUGUUGUAAUAAUCAUCUGGGGAGAGACUCUUGUCUUUGGAGGCAUUAGUUACAUUACUGGCAUCUCUUUGACUAGUGUUUGAGUUAGCUGUACAUUCACACCAGCUCUUCCAAUAAUUAUUACAAAAGUAGUUGCAACAUCUUUUUUCCCCCCUUUGGGUGUUUGUGCAAGUGUGUUUAUUUUAUAGUUGUAAUCGUGGUAAAAUAAAUCUUGGAGUCUACAUUGACAAAGAUGCAGUAAGAUAUUUAAAUAGGCAUUAUUAAAAAGUAAUAACAGUACCUUUUUAUAUUGUACAUAUUACUGCAUAUAUACAAGUACUGACAACCUAAAAACUAGUCUUAAAACCAAUGCAAUAUUUUGGUGCUGUUUCAUGUUAACACGUGUAUAUGUGAGGAAGUUCUUGCCUAGCUGUGUAUGCAAAGUGUACUAGUUUUUAAAUGUUAAGAAUCACAGAGGAAAUGCACGUGUGAGUAAUGUUAUUGUAAACCCUGAGUGAUGCCUUCAUGUGAGCAGUGUUCACACAGAAUUCAGGAGAACUAAAAGCCUCAGCUCGCUGCAAAUACGUUUACACCAGCUGUAUUCACUGUUGAUAGCAAUAAAUACAAACCUCUUGCAGA